CGGUCGGGCGCCGCGUCGGCGACGACUCUCAGCGCGAGCCCGCUAUGGCGCGUUGCUGGAGCCUCUGCUCUUCCGUUAACGCGAUGUUAUAGCACGUCGCUCGAGACGAGACAUCAGAUCGGCCUCAGUCAUACUAUUCCUUCGCUUCGACAUGCAGCAGCACCGCGCAACAUUGCUCGAGAGUGCGCGCAGGCCCUCAAGCGACAUUCACACACGUCACGUAACAAUCACUUUCCCUCGACCCUACGGCAUCGACACCUAGAGGACUCGUUCCACACAUCCACCUAUAGAUCGAAAAGCGACAACGUACACCCUGAUCCCGAGAAGAGCAAGGGUGACCAAGACAAGAUCCACGAACAGCCUUCGCCUGCAAAACCCGAAGAUGCCCGCCCUUCGAAUCAGACACAGCAUCACUACCAUCUCAUGGACCGCUUGCCGCACUUGCACCGCCCAACAAAAGAUGAGCUCUUAGCUGCAGCCACGAGUUUCUGGCAGAGACUCGGCAUUCGCUUCAAGUGGUUCUCUAUCCGAAGUGCCCGUCCAUUCAACACCGAUGACAUUAGCGCCUUCGUGUCGUGGAUCGUCUUCGGCCACAUCCUCUGGAUCGUACUCGGCACCACCACCUUUGUCUCGCUCGCCAUCUUCUUCAUGAACACCGUCUUUGCUCAGGAGACUCUUGCUGGCUGGGUCGGAAACUACCUCACUCAGUCCUCUGGCGUCAAGGUCGUCUUCGAGUCUGCUAUUGUGCCGCGCUGGAACGAUGGUGUCAUCUCUUUCAAGAAUGUCUUUGUGUCUAGACGUCCAGGUCAGGGAAGUUCAAACGUCACGAAAGGCUCUUCCGCAAGUGCCGCUGCCGCCGCCGCAGCGGCUGCUUCUGCAGGCAAGCCCGAGCGCAAGGAACAGCAAGAUGAGGAUACCAACUAUACCCAGUACGAGGUCUCGAUAGAUACCGUCAACGUUACUCUAUCCUUUACCAAGUGGUUCAAUGGCAAGGGAUUGCUGAGGGAUGUCGAGAUCAAGGGCGUACGAGGAGUAGUUGAUCGUACCUCAAUAUUGCCCGGCGACCCAACAAUCGAUCCCAAAUCCUACCGACAUGAACACACAACCGGAGACUUUGAAAUCGACUCUUUCAAGGUGUCGGAUGUUCUUCUUACUGUCUACCAGCCAAACGACUUCCGUCCAUUCUCAGUGUCCAUCUUCUCAUGCGAUCUUCCUCGCUUCCGCAAACAGUGGCUGUUCUAUGACUUGAUGUCUGCCAACAUGAUUUCCGGCUCCUUCGACGACUCUCUAUUCACCAUUCAUCCCCGUCAAACACAUAGUCACACUGGUCUGAGCAUCAACGAGGAAGAUGGCGAUCAUUCUGCUUGGAAGAAGCACAGUCGUCUCCGUAUCGAUGGUCUGAAUAUUGAUCAUCUGAACAGAGGUGUCGAGGGCCCUUUCUCAUGGAUCCAUGAGGGAAACGUUGACAUUGUUGCCGAUAUCAUGUUCCCGGCGGACCAAGAUGGCUCAAUCGCAAAGGUCAUGUCUGAUUUCUAUGACCGUAUGGAGGCAACCGUCGCGCACAACUAUCUCCACACCACCCAUCAACACGAUACCAGUGAUCAUCACGACGAGCAGGAAGUUCCAGACGAGAAUGAGGAGGAUAAAAGAUUCAUCGUCAUGGAUCUUCGCGUACACUUGAACGAUGUCCGAGCUGCUGUCCCUAUCUUCACGAGGGAUUUGUCAUAUGUCAACAACGCGCUUAUCCGUCCCAUUGUGGCAUACAUCAACUCGAAGCGAACAUUCAUUCCUAUCAACUGUCGCGUGGUAAAGCGAGUCAGUGAGUUUGACGGAAGCUGGACGGUGUUCGACAGCGGGCUACUAGACGAUCUAUCGAAAGAGGUUGGCCUCUGGACCAUACAAUUAGCGGCACAAGCUCUGUUCAUUGGACUCGCUGGCCAACUCGUU